AUGGCUUUGGACAACCGCCUGAUGCCCCGCCGCCGCCGCCGCUACUCCCGAACUGCGGACCAUCCGCUCAUCUGCCUCGACCCCGUCGCUGCGCUCUCGCGAUGGAACUAUCCCGCUACACGCCAGAAUGGACGGAGGAGGCAACAAAUCAACCGCGGCGCCGAAUGCCUUAUCGAGAUGAACCCAAUGACCCAGGAGACGACGCUGCUCGUGCCCAACGACAACGACCCGGCCAACUCGCGAACCAAGUCGCGCAAGGUGAUCGAGGAGAAGAGUUUCACAUUUGACAAUUCGUUCUGGAGCCACGACACAACGGACAAGCACUAUGCGCCGCAGGAAGAAAUUUACAACACCCUCGGCGAGGAGUUCCUCGACCACAACUUCGAGGGCUACCACACAUGCAUCUUCGCCUACGGCCAGACGGGGUCCGGCAAGAGUUACACCAUGAUGGGCACGCCGGACCACCCGGGCUUGAUCCCACGGACGUGCGAGGGAUCUCUUUGA